UCCCAUGACGUUCCCACCCCUGCUCCUGAGAGCAGAGCUGGCCGCAGCCAUGACCUCGCAGCUUCUCCUGGCCCUUGUCCUCUGGCCUGGCUGCCUGCCCUGCAGUGGAAGGAAAGGGCCCCCAGCAGCUCUGACACUGCCCCGGGUGCAAUGCCGAGCCCCUCGGUACCCGAUCGCUGUGGAUUGCUCCUGGACCCUGCCGCCUUCUCCAAACUGCACCAGCCCCGUGUCCUUCAUUGCCACGUACAGGUUCGGCACGGCUGCCCGGGGCCACAGCUGGCCCUGCCUGCAGCAGACGCCAGCGUCCACCAGCUGCACCAUCGCGGAUGUCCGGCUGUUCUCCAUGGCGCCCUACGUGCUCAAUGUCACUGCCGUCCACCCCUGGGGCUCCAGCAGCAGCUUCGUGCCUUUCAUAGCGGAGCACAUCAUCAAGCCCGACCCUCCAGAAGGCGUGCGCCUAAGCCCCCUCGCUGAGCGCCAGCUCCAGGUGCAGUGGGAGCCUCCCAGGUCCUGGCCCUUCCCGGAGAUCUUCUCACUCAAGUACUGGAUCCGUUACAAGCGUCAGGGAGCUGCCCGCUUCCACCAGGUGGGGCCCAUUGAAGCCACCUCCUUCAUCCUCAGGGCUGUGCGGCCCCGAGCCAGGUACUACGUCCAAGUGGCGGCUCAGGACCUCACAGACUACGGGGAACUGAGUGACUGGAGUCUCCCCGCCACUACCCUGAUGAGCCCGGGCAAGUACUGAGGGCUUCCGCUGCCUCCAGACGGGACCUGGAUCCUCGCCACCCUAAGCCCCGGGACACGUGUUGGAGGGCGGAUGGGCUCUGCUCAGGCUGGGCUGGAGUCCUUGCUUUGCUGCUGCUCAGCUGCUGGGCAACCUCAGAUGACCAGCUUUUCCCUUUGAGCCUCAGUUUCUCUAGCUGAGAAAUGGAGAUGUACUGCUCUCUCCUUUACCACGGUGCGGGGCUUACUGAACCGUCACUGUGAGAUAUUUUUUAUUGUUUAAUUAGAGAAGAAUUGUUGUUGGGCUGGGUGCCGUGGAUCGCACCUGUAAUCCCAGUUAUUGGGAAGCCAAGGUGGGAGCGUGGCUUGAGGUAGGAGCUCAACACCAGCCCGGGCCACACAGUGAGACCCCAUCUCUAACAAAUUAAUAUAAAAUAAAUUAGCCAGGUGUGA